AGGAAGCAGCAGCAGGACUUGAAUGGUGGACAAGUGUCUGAGUCCAUGUUGAGCCAGGAGAGACUUGUCUGUCAAGUUCUCGCUCUGGUAGCACACACGGAAGUCUGAGGCUGAAAGAGACGCAACAUGUUUCAAAUGAAGACACGGUGAGAUAAAACUACAUCUAUCAGGCACACUUGACUCUGUGUAGUGUUAUAAUAAUAAUAUAUUGUUAAUAUUAAUAUAUUAUUAAUAUUAUUAUUGUUAUUAUUGCUGUUGUUAUUAAGAAUAACAAUAACAAAAAAAACGUAAUAAUUUGUUUUAAGUUGCAAGAUAAGACUUGCGACAAUAGCGAAGAAACGAAGUCGGUCUUACUGAGUUGCAGUUUCGUUUUGAGAAUCUCUUUCAGCGCCGUCACGGUCAUUUUCCCGAACUGCUCUUCAUUCUGGCACAGAUCGAGGACCAAACUGUCCCCUCUGGGUCCGCUGACGUAAAGCUGGAUCACCAUGCUGCUGCCUCCUCGGGUGGGAUGAGACACUUGGUUCGAGUAGAACAGUUCUUUCUGAUCUGGCUUUUUUCAUGAGACCUCCUCCAAGCAGAAGUCACGUGAUUUCUCUGAACUAUGGACGAGAUCAUAACUCACCUAACGAAGACAUCUGGAGACUGAACAAGCAAACAUGGGCUUCUGGAAUUCUAAACCCGCUGUGACCAACACGACCAUCAAGAACACAUCGACUGAGACACCGACCAGAACCGACAUUACCCGAACUGCUGAGGAGAAAUGCUACGACCCGAAAGACCCCAACCUGGAGUUUGUGGAGCGAGAGGACGAGAUGGACGUCUUGUGCGUCAACUACAAGUCUCCAAGAGCGCUGAUGUCCUGCGGUCACUCCGUCACCCCCAUGUCACUCACAAGUUACUGCCGUCAUUUAUUGGAAGAGGGGCGCAGCAGGUUUGUGUGUGCUGUGUGUGAGGAAGAAUGGUCCUUCCAGGAGGUUCAGAAAAUGGCUCUUCUAACUCCUCAAGAGGCUGAUGACUUUGAGAAGGUGAUGUGGGAAAACUAUAAAGAGGAAUUUGAAGUCAAAUCUUGUCCAGGCUGCAAGUCUUCUUUCCUGAGAACCAACCUCAACGACCUCAGUGUCAAAUGCACAGUUUGCAGUGCUGGUAGAGUUGGCAUUUACAUCUUCUGCUGGCAGUGUUUGAGGGAGUGGAGAGGUCCAGCUCCUCGAGCAGACCGUUGUGACAACGAAGGUUGCAACAAAACAGUACUGGAGACACUGAAGAACUGUCCAGACAUUGUCUUUCAACAUUCAGGUUUAGCCAAGGUCACUGGUUGCCCUUCAGUGCGGGCCUGUCCCACAUGUGGUGUCCUGGUGGAGCACAAUUCAAAUCACUGUAAGUCCAUCAACUGUGACCGCUGUAAAGUGCCCUUUUGUUUUAUCUGCCUGAAAAUGAAAGAAAAGUGUUACGCAACAAGCUCUCCCUACACACCGUGUUGUGAUGGUGUGGCUCCAAGACAAAGCUUCAUUCCUGCACGGCAGAAAACAUAAAAUGAGGCCAAACAUAAUGGCAAUAAUUGGCUUUUGUUUAUUUUUUUCUUGUCGACUUUCUUGUCAUUGUCUGAUUCUUUUUAAAUGGACAGAUACCAACCUCUGUCACAAUCAGGGGUUUCAGUCUGGUGCAGUAAUAAAGUUACCUUUGUACUUGUUACAUUUUUUAGUGGGGCUAGUGCAAAAUGUCUUUCAAACAUUUCAUUCAGAUGAAAGGAAUUGCAUAAAAGGGAUCACAAUGACCAGGGGCUGUAUUCCUAAAUAUUGUUUGUGGCCACAUUCUUAGAAUCGUGAUAUUUUCUUAGAAUUUCCCCUAAAAAUGAGGAGUGAAUCCUCAUAAAGGGAAAAGCUGGUGGCCAGAAGAGGCAGGAGAGAUAUUUGUGUGAAUGCUCGAUGGAUGUUCUUAGCUUUUCUUUCAUAGUUCGUCCACCAUUUUUUUUCUUCACAACUCCUCCUUUAGUAGCCCUAGAUUCACCAAGACA